GAUGCUGAUGACUGCUCCUCACUGAGAGGAUGCUAUCGAUCAGGCUCGCUGAUGCUCUUCCCUCCAGUUUAAUAAACAUGCUGAUGUGCGCAAUUAGAACUUAUCUCCUCCUCAUUGGCUUAUUCAAUAAGGUAAUGUGAGCAGCGGCCGCACACCGCAUGGGAAAGCCGAGUCAUCAAUGCAGAACCCCUCAGCGCUGUUCGGGAUGGUGAGCCACUGUCAGACCCCAACUUUCACAGACUUCACCGGCUUGUCGCUCUCCGUGUACGGCAGCAAGACAGCGGACAUCUGCACACGGCGUGCCGGGGGGAGCGCUGGUUUUGGAUCUCAGAUUUGCCGGAGCUCCCAUGACUCCCCAACUCAUACGAACUGCGCCAGCCCGAAGAGACUCAGCGCGCCCGAGGAAAAAGCGCAUCUGUCAGCCAAAGCUCCGCGCUCAUGCCUCUCUCUCCCACCCGUGCAAGUGAACGGUGCCUACUGCUCUGAAAAGGAUUUAGACACUGAGCUGGGUGACGCUGAGGGCACCCUGAUGCGAUGUGGGCAGAGCUUGCCACUGCUGGUGGGGGGUCACUUAGGGGGGCUUUAUACCCAGAGCCUCCACUGUGACAGACCUACACCCGACCUCAUCCUGCAGGACGGCCUUCACCAAGACACCAGAUCCUCCUCUGCCUUCCAGAGGACCCUGCUGGGGGCCUCACCCAGCCUGGGCUGCGGCACUGCCAACGGGGCUCGCUCUUCUCUCCCGUACCAUAUCAAACAGGAGAACUCAAUGGGCUACAAGAUCUCCAACACAGGGUCCGGAGUCCAUAGCGCGUCUCAGGCCGGAUUUCAGAACUGUACAUCAGGCCAGGUCUUGGGAAUGACGAGGGACGAGAUAGUUGGAGCGCCGCUUGUUAGCAACAACGGUAAUGGCAUAGGCGCAGUGAGCGGUGUGGGUAGCGCUGUGUCAGGGGACGCAGUGCAACCGUUUAAUAAUGAAGAUGGCUCCUCCCCAUUGGCUUUGUCUCCAACUGGCUCCCGUCAUUCAGCGCGACUGCUCAGUGCUAGCAGUCUAAGGAGACGCUGCCUGUCCCUGGCCUCACAGUCCACUGUCGCUCCUGGCAGCGUUGCUGCCACAGGCUCCCCGUCCGCUGCUGGCCCUGAUCUCUCCGAGGAGAUCAAUAUCACCGCCAUCGUCUGCUCCUCCUCCCAGAUGUCAAUGGUUGCCUGCGUCAACGGUUUCCGCUCCAACGUCUCGCCCAGCCACGCCAGCAGUGCCGGCUUCUCCUCCUCUUCCUCCUCCUCUUCUACAUCCCCACCCUCUAACUCCUGCUCACGGGAAGCCCCCCAGAGGCCCCCGCCUCACGGCAGCCCCCAGCAGGCCACGCUACAGGAGAGCUGUCAGCUAUCCUCACCUGCCACCUGCCUACUGUCCCUAUCCUCCUCCUCCUCCUCGUCCUCCUCUUCAGUGUCAUCAGUGGAGCCGGAGCAGGGCCAAGGGCCGAGCCAGGGGCUGUGUGAGGAGCGGGGCUCCAUGCUGCAGGGACGUGGGGCUGGAGGAACAGCGGGGGGAAGUGUGGGAGGAGGGGGAGGAGGAGGAGGAGGCUCAGACGGGUUGGGGCUACUGAUGAGUGGGGCCCUGAUGUCUGGGAUGCUGCAUUCGGGGCAUGAAGCUGGGGCUCUCCUGGACGGGGGCCAAAGAUCAGGGGCUGUCCUCAAACAGGAGCCCCUGGAUGAUUUUUCUCCCAGUGAAGACGAACUCUUUCAGCACCACUAUCAUCACCACCAUCACUUGAGUGGUCGUAACGGGCACCCCCGUCAGCCUCACCACCCCUCUCGCCCCGCUAUGCCUCCGCCUUACCACCUGCACCAGUACGUGGGGCCCGCUCCUGGGGGCCUUCUGCACCACCAGAGCCAGCAAACAGCACCAACCUCUUCCCUGGGACUCAAAUCGACCGCUGGAGUUCCUCCUGGGUCUCACACAGCCCCGGAGCGAGAAGAAGUCGGAGGAGGAGGAGCACUGGUCGAUAAGCAGGUGUGUCGCUGGAUUGACUGCAGUGCUGCGUACGAGCAGCAGGAGGAGCUUGUGAGGCACAUUGAGAAAGUCCACAUUGACCAGCGCAAAGGUGAGGACUUCACCUGUUUCUGGGCCGGCUGCAUUCGCCGCUACAAGCCCUUCAACGCCCGCUACAAGCUGCUCAUUCACAUGAGAGUCCACUCUGGAGAGAAACCCAACAAGUGCAUGUUCGAGGGCUGCAACAAAGCAUUUUCACGUCUGGAGAACCUGAAGAUCCACCUUAGGAGCCACACAGGAGAAAAGCCGUACCUGUGCCAGCACCCCGGCUGCCAGAAAGCUUUCAGCAACUCCAGCGACCGCGCCAAGCAUCAGCGCACUCACCUGGACACGAAACCAUAUGCAUGUCAGAUCCCUGGCUGCACCAAGCGAUAUACAGAUCCCAGCUCCCUACGCAAACAUGUCAAGAUCCACUCGGCCAAAGAGCAACAGGUGCGUAGAAAGCUUCGACCGUGCCCUCACCUGGAACAGGACGUCCUGAGUGACUGUCUGUCCAUGCAGCACCUCCAGAGCUCCACCUCCUCGCAGCACCUCUACAACGGUAAAGAUGGGCGCUCUCCAGGACUGGGACAAGACAUCUUCACAGGCCUGUACGCUGGCUCCAGCACCCCCCAUCACAGCGCCUCAGUGGAGCUCCUCUCCCCGACACCCAACCCCACCUCCAUCUCCACCACUGACCUUCCCUCCCGACAACACCGACUGGACCGCGACCUCGGUAGCCCCCAUCACCUAUCCCCACUGGCUGCCAUGGACGGCACAAGAGACGGGGUGUCAGGUCCCCUCUUGUCUCCGGGGAUGAAGGGAACAGGGACGCCCCCUCCACCUCCUCCUGUGGACAAACAGCAUGGCCUAUCCCACCACAAGCCCUACUCCCACUAUCACCACCAUCAGUCUGCCAAUGACGAAUACCAAGGCAGUUUUCAGAGCUGCUUUCAUUUCGGAGACUCCUACAGGAUGGAGCAAACUGUCAGUGGUGUCCACGUCCCAGGAGAUUCUCACGCCUACACUUCCCAUCAGCACAAUGGCUUCCACAUGUCAACUAGCAACACUGGCACUGCAGGCUUUAACCUGACCCAGGAACUACAAGGCGGCGCAGGGUGCCAGUUCUCCUCCAGCCCAGAAGAGAGCAUCUUCUUCCAGGUGGGCAACUUCGACCGCAGCCUGAGCCACAUGUCGUCUGUCUACACGGAGACAUAGAGCAACACUGGAGCAGGGAACGCUUCACCACACCCAUCGCCUAACACUUGGAUCCUAUCUUCUCUUCUUCUCACCUGACACUGUCUGAUGCUCAAGGUGCAACUGCCCAAUAGUCCAGAUAGGUAAGAGCAGUGAUUCCCAACCUUUAAGGCUUCUGACGGCUUUAAACGUGAAUUUCUCACCACAGGCAGCAAACAGUAAUUUCUAUGUCUUUGUGAAUAAUUUUCACAUGUAAAAUUAUCUAAUGGUUCCUCAGAAAAAGAUCUGGUUCUUCCCAUUCUUACUGUAAGUCGAAGAAAGAAAUUAAACACACGUCUCUUAUUUUAAAAGAUCCAUAUGCUUUAUUUCUUAAACUCAGUCAAAUUUGUUGGGCAAGAACUCAUCACAUACACAUACAGUUUUUUCAGUGUUUAAGGGAUAGUUUGGAUUUUUUUGAUGCGUGGUUGCACGAGGUACUUGUCUAUAGUCAGUGUUACGACACGUCCUGAGUUUAAUGAGGCAGACCAGAGUGCCGUCCUGCUAAGCAGCAAGACAUUUUAGUCACCUAAGGAAUCAAAUCAAUCAGUUUAAGUGUAUGCUAUAUUUAGUAUAUUUUCACCACUUUACUUUGGUGGUGCACAUCUAUGCUCUCUCCGAAGCCACUGAGAAACUGAUGAAAAACAGUAAUUUUACCUCGCAGAACAUGGGGGCUGUUGGUCUACUGCAGCCUCAGUUUGCGCUAUUGUGCGACUUUGGAGUUUUAAAGGGUUAUUUCUGACUCUGACUAUAGAUAACCCAAUACAACCCCGCUUCAAAAGAUCCAAACUCUCUCUUUAAUACAUAAACUUCAAACACUACAACACUCCUGGAUGGAAAUGAAAUGUCCUCUCCCUCCUCGUGUUAUUCU